GAAACUCAGGUUUGUUUGUUUUUUUUUCUCUCACGAGAGGCAACAUGGACCAUGAGAGCAGUCCGUCUAGUCCUGACGAGGAGACGCUGACGCCGGACCAGAACACCAAAUUUCCCAGAAGUUUGAGGAGCCUCAACCUGCUCGCCUCGAAGUUCAUCAGGUUACUCCGAGAGUCUGAAGACGGAGUGCUGGACAUCAGAUAUGCAGUCCGUGUCCUGGCUGUUGGACAGAAAAGAAGAAUCUAUGACAUUACAAAUGUUCUGGAGGGCGUUGGUCUUAUAGUUAAAAUAUCCAAGUGCAUUGUAAAAUGGAUAGGAGAUUCCGGAGAAGGGCCAAAUUUUGUGGACAAAAGACUCAUAAAUCUUAGAUCGGAGCUGAAGGAUUUGGAUCGAAGAGAAUUAUUAUUGGACCAGCAGAAGGUCUUUCUUGAGCAGCACAUCACACACAUAACAGAAGACGACAGAAAAUAUCCUUUUUUUCAUGUUCCAAACUGCCCGGCAAAGUACCAGAUUCACAUGAAGAGCGGCGAGGCACCCAUAGAUGUUGUACUUCUUAAUAAAUAUUCCGUCAGCUCUCCUCCUGUUAUGCUCCCGGUUCCACCGCCUGAUGAAAUUUUACAGCGCGCCAAGUCUGCCACGUCCACUUCAGAUGAAAAGGAAAAUGCCACAGAGUCCCGUCAGACUUACAGAAACCAACGCACUAAAUCUAGAUGUAGAGCAGUGGACGACAUCCAGCCACUUUACGCAUCAUCGCUCAAAAAGGCCGAACCCAGCAGAACUGAUGAACCUGCAUUUCAUAGUAUAUCAAACAAACUGCAGGACCUCAUUGAUCCAGCCAAAGAAGUAAAAAGCACAGAUCUGAUCACAAAGCUUAUGGCAUCUGAAGUUUUUUCUCCACUUGUCCACCUGUCUACGCCCCCGUCUGAGCACGAAUAUGUCUGCAGUCUUAAUGAGAGCCGCUCAGACCUCUUUGAUGUCCCCGUGCUCAACGUUUGACCAUCUGUUCCUGUUAUAUCACAAGAGAAUAUUUUACCUGAUUUUCAAUAUGAAAUGGUUAUAUUGUUUUUACAAAUAAUAAAAUAAGGAUUCCAAACAUUGUAUCUAUUUUAUACAGCCGCCGUACAGCGUGGAUCAAAAUGCAAUUUCAGCAUUAACUACACC